AUGGCCAACCAUGAUGUUACGCGUUCCAAACCCUCUGAGCUCGACGCAAAUGAUACACCGAUGUCAUCGGCCGUGGGCGACAGCCAUCUAUUGACAGGCAAGAAGUUGACCAUCGCAUUUGGAGCAAUGCUUCUAGCCCUGUUGUUAAUCGCGCUGGACCAGACUAUUCUAUCAACCGCUCUACCACGCAUCGCCUCAGACUUCAACGCGUUCUCCCAACAAGGCUGGGUCGCCGCCUCGUUCGUCCUCACGCAGACUACCUUCAUUCUCUUCUUCUCACAAGUCCUUCGCCUCUACCCAGCCAAAUAUGUGCUUAUAGCAUCUGUGGUGAUCUUUGAAAUCGGCUCUGCUUUGUGUGGUGCGGCCCAGGAUAUCAACACACUCAUCGGUGGACGGGCACUCUCUGGUGUUGGCGCUGCCGGUAUCCUCACUGGUAUUCUGCAAGUGAUGGCUCAGGCUACCCGGUUAGAGGAUCGACCCACGCUGUUCAGUCUCUUCGAAUCUGUAUUCGCCUUUGCCUCGAUCAUUGGACCUCUUCUAGGCGGCGCUCUAACGGACCACGCUAGCUGGCGGUGGUGCUUCUAUAUCAAUUUACCCAUCGGCGGCGUUUCUAUUGUAGCGAUUGUGUUGCUCCUCGACGCUCCCCCACCGCUCGGAUCCGAGGACUAUGAUUGUUCCUUCAAGUCCAUGUUUUGGCGCACGGCUGCCUUAGACUGGAUUGGCACAAUCUUCAGUCUGGGUGCCAUCACGAGUCUUGUUCUAGGUCUCCAGUGGGGUGGAAACGAGAAGGCAUGGGACAGUGUAGACGUCAUCGUCUGUCUCGUCCUUGCGCUCGUGUUAACAGUUGUGUUCAUAUUCUGGGAGCGCUAUAUGGGAGAUCGGGCUAUGGUUCCGUUGGAAAUAUUCAAGAGCCUCUCCAUUUACUCGAUCUGCUCCUUCGCGAUCUUUAACCGCUUCAUCUACCUAAUCUUUACCUACUAUAUUCCCAUCUACUACCAGGCAGGCCGUCAUCAUUCUGCGACCAAGAGUGGUGUGGACUUGCUUCCGCUUAUGCUGUCUGUCGUUAUCUCGAUUGUGGUGUCUGGACAACUCGUUGGUCGCUACGGCCGCUACUGGCCAUACUUGAUCGGCGGACCGGUGGUCGGAGCCGUCGGUGCUGGACUAAUGUACACUGUGACGGCUUUGCCCUCAAACGCAGCUGUGAUCGGCUAUCAGAUCCUGGUCGGCAUCUGUAUUGGCACAACUCUACAGAACAUCCUGUUUGCCAUGCAGGCUGAGUUCGACGACACGCCAAAGCUCAUCAGUCAGGCGACGGGUAUGGUGAACUUCUGCCAGUUCCUCGGUGGUACCAUUGGUCUCGCCAUCGCUGAAACCACCUUUUCAUCCGAACUCGUGCGCAAUCUGCGCAAGUACGCGCCAGGCGCACCUUUCGAGACGAUCCUGCAAUCGCCGCUGUCGAUUUACAGUCCGGCGGUCCCAGACGUACUAGUCCCAAAUGUCGUACGCGCCUAUGUCAAAUCUCUCUCUGUCGUCUACAUUAUUGGCGUCCCAGCGAAUGUUCUCUCGCUGGUCUUCGCACUCUGCAUCUCGAAUAUCAACAUCAAGAAGAAGCCGGAAAUGGAGACAGAGGAUAACGCGCCGCGUGGUGACAAUGCGGUUGGUGGAGAACAGCCAGUGGCCUCCGAGGGGCAGCCGCCUAUGGCGGAGAAAACGAACUGA